AUGGAUCAUCUCCAGCUGCAAGCACAGACACUCGAGCACACAUUGUGGUGUACAGGAGAAGAGAAGGAAAAUGUAUUUCAUGGGCGUUCAGAAAAUCACAUCCUACGCAAGAAACACAUAAAGCUUCUGAGGUUAGACGUGAAACCACUCUGUUGCCUCAUUCAUUUAGAUUUAUUUCACUGUUGCCUCUUUCUUGUGUGUUCCAGUUUAAUACUAUAAAACUCGGAACAUUAUCUCACUGGAAGAAUAGCUGUCCUCCAACAAAAUAUCAGGAAAGAAGUCGUUUUUCAAAUGUUUCCCCUUCUGUGAGCAAAAAUAGAAAAUGGAUAUGCUUUUUUUAAAGGAAGAAGGGAAGAGAAGAACUUACAUUUUCCAGGCAGUUCCACUUGUUGUUUUUAUAACAUCCUGUGUGAGUAGUAAAUUUUAUAACAACAGAUGUCUGUUAUUCCACAUUAAAUCUGUUUAAGGGAGGAAAACAAGAUUGCACAUUCUGAGGGCUCAGAGGAUAACAAAUACUUCAACAAAGUAAGUAUUCUCCCUCUUUAAGAUCAUAUAAUGGGGAAAACACCAGCAGAAAUUCCAUGAAGAGCUGUGUUCCUUGUGAAGUCUGAGUCAUCUAAAGGAUGCUUUUAAACAGUCUGGCUCUGGGGUUCUUUGUUAUAUGGAUAGAGUUGUAAGCAUUGGCCAUGCCCUUCACAAUGCACUGCUGCCUGCAAAUCCCAGAACUGCAGCCUUGGAGCCAAAUUGGUAUUUCUAGAAUGAUGGAGAGGAAGCAACUAGGCCUAGUCUACACAAGGAACAGGUGAGGUGGUACAGUCCCUGUGACAGUACUCACCGGUAUGGACUAUUAUUGCUUCUUGUUUUGCUGACCAUGGCAGCCAUUUUGUGCUGGCAUCCAUGGCAUUUUUAUCAAUAUAUGAGUAUGGGAACCUCAUGGGUUUUUUUUUACAAAGCAAAACAAAUUAAAAGGACCAGGUACAGCUAUUUUUGGAGUGCACCAUUUCACAGUGCAGAUGAGAGUUGUGAGAGUUGCAGGUUCCACCAAUCCUCCAUGACAAAAACAUAAGCAAAUCUUGAUAUGUAGAAAGCCAGAAAGUCAGGGAGAGGACUGUACCAGAACUGUAUUCUCUGUCAGUAACCAAUCUCCUACAUACACAGACAUUUUGAUAAAGGAAAGCAUAAGAGCAGUUUUCAAGUAGCCCUUAAUAUAAUUUUCAGAUGAGAAGAAUGGGUUUAGGUUUCAGCAAUACCAGUUUAGGCUGAAUACCGGCAAAUGUUUCUCAAGGGGUCAUUUCAACGCAGGUUUGGAGCUGGAUGUGCAUACAAUGUACAUCAGAUAACCACUGUCCACUCAGGUCAGGUGUUUUAGACCUAUUUGCUCCAUAUCUACCUGCAUAUAUGGAGACUUAGAGAACAUAAGUGGCUUCAUGACAUCACUGUGAGGACAACACAGGAGAAAGGCUACACCGGGGAUUCUUUGUAGACUUGGGGUUUAAAUUCAAAAGCAUUCAGCUAUGAAGCAAAUCUUGGAGGAGGGGAUAAACUGAGGAGUGGCUUGAUGUCCUAAGUGGAUCAGACGACUUCAUGGAGGUCAGUGGGUGCUGGCUCUGAUUGAAAAAUUCAGCCUCCACAUUCAAAGGCGCUCUAUCUCUGAUUGCUAGUUACUGGGUAGGUAAACAUGGCUAUCUCAUGCUUUGCUUGUGAGCUUCCUAGGAGUACCUGGUUGGUCUGUUCUAGCAGAGGCAGUGCCUAAGUUGUUAUGUUCUUAAGAGGGAGAAAAUUCAAGGGGAAAGAUUUUGAAUAUUCAUAUAGUACAUCCACUUUACUUCCUAAAUGAAGAAUCCAAGAAAAGUCUGUGAAAUGAUAGGGGGAUUAUAUAAAAUGGAAUGAGCAUACUGUUUUUCUGUGAUACAUUAUCAUGAAACCUACUGAGAAAAAUGUUUCCACCUAGCAAGCAGAACUGCAGACUAUAAUUGCAAACAGAUUCUUCUGAAAGAACAAGGGAACAUGGAGGGAACAUAUGAAAGUACCUGCUCAUCACAGCAGGAUCACACUUCACCAUCUUCCAACCACCAUAUUCUGGGAAUGUCAAAUCAAUUCAUGUCUCUUCUAAUACAAACAAUGCACAUCAUCAAGCUGUACUUAUCUCGUUCUAGCACUGUAAUUAAUUAUCUUAAAACUAUGCUUCCUGUGCCAGGCAUCUGCUCCUCAAAUAAAAUAGGGUGAUCAAAGCCUGAGUCAUGUUUUUGCAGCACUACAGGCUUUGUAAGCUGGUGCCCACGUGGUGACUUUGAAUUGGGCGGUGGGCAGGCAUGCUUUAGGGAACAUCAGUUCACUCUCUUGAGGCAGGGUCUGCCAACAACGCCAUCCAUUGCCAGUCCCUUACAUCCAUCCCUAUCCAUCUGCACAAUGUGGGGCGGGGGGGGGGGGGGAGCAGUGUGGACAGCAUCAGAAGUGUUCCCCCAUGCCAAAAACUGCAGUGUCAUCAAAGAAAAAGAAAACCCUGCUUUUUGAAGGCAUCUGAUUUGAUUAUUUCUGGUACUGCUGACUCCAGAAGGGAGGAUGCAUUUGAAAUGAUCUUCAACCCUCUUACGCAUAGGAGGUCAUUACUGAUGGAUGGGAUGUGGGUGGCGCUGUGGUCUAAACCACUGAGCCUCAUGGGCUUGCCAGUCAGAAGGUUGGCAGUUCGAAUCUCCGAGACAGGGUGAGCUCCCGUUGCUCUGUCUCAGCUCCUGCCAACCUAGCAAUUUCAAAGCACACCAUUGCAAGUAGAUACAGUCAUACCUCGGGAUAAAUAUGCUUCAGAUUGAGCGCUUUCGGGUUGUGCUCCAUGGCGACCCAUAAGUAACUGAGCGUGUUACUUCCGGGUUUCGCUGCUCGCGCAUGCGCAGACAGUCAAAAUGAUCCCGUUCGCAUCCCGAGGUACCACUGUAAAUAGGUACUGCUGCAGCGGGAAGGUAAGCAGCAUUUCCGUGUGCUCUGGUUUCCAUCACAGUAUGCUGUUGCACCAGAAGCAGUUUAGUCAUGCUGACCACAUUACUGUCUGUGGACAAACGCUGGCUCCCUUGGCCUGUAAAGCAAGAUGAGCGUCGCAUGCCUUUGACUGGACUUAACCUUUACCAUUACUGAUGCUGAAAGUAUUUUAAAAUGUAAACUUUCCCAUUUCCUUAAAUGAAUAAUUUCCUGAGGUGUUUCGAACCUAGAUCUCCUUUGUGCAUGUGUCCAUAUUUUAGAAUUUGAGGUUGCCCCCCUCCCAAUUCUUUGAGAUUGGUUAGGCCUCACUGAAGGUGGCGGCAUGAACUGUUGCAUGCCCAUGGCAUUGGUGCUCUGAAUGAUUCCAGCAUAGCAAAAACAUAUUUAAGAACAGAGAAGGCAACAGCUAAUUUGAAGAAGUACCAUCUGUUGAGGAGGUACUAACGGGUCAGCAUUUUUUUACACAUCUUCAGGAAAGGAAAAAGGGUAUAAAUCUGAGUGGUCUGUGAAAACCAAUAGGAAAGAACACUGAGGAUCACUGCAUUUCCUAGAUACCUUCCACAUGCUGUUGUACAUCUCUGCUAUAAGCUAUUACCCCAAUACAAUUUCAAAUAGCCUCCAACGUUUCUCCGAUGAAAAUAGGGAUGCCCUGUUCCAUCACCAUCACCAUCAUUCCCCAUUCGACUGGGCUGCCCCAGCCACUCUGGGAGGCUUCCAACAUAUAUAAAAACAUAAUCAAACAUUAACCGUUAAAAAACUUCCCUAUACAGGGCUCCCUUCAGAUGUCUUCUCAAGGUUAUAUAAUUACUUAUCUCCUUGGCUUGGGAGUUGCAUAACUCCACACCCUCCAAAAUUUCUCUGUUGAAAAUAGGGACGUCCUAAGGAAACGUUUUUAAUAAUUUUUAUUUAAUAUUUUAAUAUUUUAAUAUUUAAUGCUGUAUUAUUUUUAACACUUGAUUGGAAGCCGCCCAGAGUGGCUGGGGAAACUCAGCCAGAUGGGCGGGGUAUAAAUAAUAAAUUAUUAUUAAAUUAUUAUUAUUAUAAGAGGGACAUUCCAGGAUCAAAUCAGAAACACACCUAAUUGUGAAACACACCUAAUCUGUAAACUAUUAUUUAAGUGGGAUCAAUCUGACACUGUUGUCAGAUAAGUAACUUGUUUAUUGUUUUUGCUGUUUACAGAUGUAUGAGAAUUGA